AUGAAUUAAACCGCUACCUCACACGUGCGACUAAUAAUAGUACCGGUAGUAAAUGUUUCUCUGCGUAUAAACACACACACACUUGUAAGUGCUUUCGGUUCUGAUUACUGACAUGGCCGGUAUAUCAUAACGUGACGUGGGUAGAACACGAAGUACCAUGCAGGCUAGCUCAAUCGUGGCGUCGGUGGCAAUCAGUUGUUUUCUCAGCACUGUUGUAGAUUUUUUCAAAGACAAUUCCAAUAAUGUCCAAAUAAUGUCCGAGACAAAUCGCAGCGAACUUCAUGACAUUGCAUCCCGUGUAUUGAGCCACGAGAGGUGGAUACACGAGAUUUUACAGGGAAACAUUACAUCAUUAGAAACGGAGCUCACGAAAACUAAGGACGCAGCUAUGGGAGAGUGCCAAAAGGUCACGGAAUAUCUGCAGACGAACAAAACAGAGGUACUAGCGCUGCAAGAGAGGCAAGGGGAACACCAUCAACUUAUAGUAGAUCAAAAAAUCAGACUUAAUGGGAAGGACAAAGCUCUUGCAGACUUGGAAAAGAAAGUGGACGAUAUGCAAAGUGAACUCUUGCAGUACAGAGAAGCAGGGAGUGGGCGGAUAGAUACUGCCGAAACAUCCACAUCACUAGAACAACUUAUUCAACAGUCACAAGCAUAUCUUCCAAUCAGUGUCAUUUUGUUGGCUGUCGGGGAAGUGGUGUUGUUCCUGAUUUUAAUCGUGUCCAGAAGGGUGGCUGAAACAGUGCCGAGUGAGAGCAGUGUAAAACCCGAUACCCAGAAAAACAGUCGUGGCAAACGACCGAGGAAAAAACACUGACAAUGGCUAAAUAUUUACCUAUACUCUUAAUUUGAUGUAGAUGACAGCUACCGAUUUGUAUGUCUAUUAAAAGCAAUAUGUCUUUGUAAAAAAAAAAAAAAAAAAAAAACAACAAUCGAA